GUGAUUAAUAAUUUGCUUUUAAUGACGUGAAAGCGAAGAUGAAAGACAAAAUUGUACAUUGGGCAGAUAGUUCUUGAGUAACGCGUUUGUCAUAAUUAUAAAAGAGAUGAUCGUUACCGAAAUCACGUGCAAUCAUUUAAAUCUCGAGUUUCGAGGCACGCCAUGUUCGAAUGUCGCCAACCAAUCAGGGCGUGGUACGGCGUGACGUUCGAUGCGCGCGCAGGACGUUCUCAUUCAACCUUCGGAUUUCGCUGCGCUUGCAAUUUCUCCGCUUUUCGUUGUAUGAAACCUUUGCAAGCUUUAAGUAUACUGGGUUGCUCCUCAUGAUAGAACUGCAAGAAACUUUUGUUUAAGGGAACACUAGUUUAAACUUUGCAAUCGUGUUGAUGCGUGAUGUGAGAUAUUUCUUAACGCGCUAGCAACUGUGAUAGAUAUUGCAAAUAGGCAGAGACAAAGUGAUUAAAAGCUUACUCAUUUAGUGCCGAUCAAUAACUUCAAGAUGACAUCCAAGGUGUUAAUGAAACUACCAACAGUCCCCUUCCCCCAAGGGAAGAAAGCACCACCAGAUCUAGUUUCUUUGAAUGAGAGAAACGAUGGACUCGUGCACAUUAGGCACCAAGGUUUGAAUGUAGAUAGGGUCAUGCAGCUCGAGCAGAACAUGAAGUUUCUACAGGAGCAGCAUCAAGCCACUUUGGUUGCUUUGCACCAGGAAAUAGAAUCAUUACGUCAAAGAAAUAGAGAUCUGCAAUUUCAGUUGGUAUUUUCCAAACGAGCACACUGUGGUGUGCCCAGUAGUCCUUCUUCGCCUGAGGAUAAUGGAAAUGGGUUUGCGAAAUCAAAGGGUAGCCCAAUAUGUGUCAAUGUGGCACCUCUACAAGUGGAGCUUCUAGAAAAAGAUUUACAGGACAUCAAGGCGUCAUUACAAGAAGCAAAAACACAAAACCAGUACUUGUCGAACAUCAUAGAGCAACAGAAAAAGAGACUGGACGCGACCGAAGAGCAGAACAAAAUCGAAGAGAAGAACAAAAUCGAGGUGGCGGAUGCGGCGAUUCAAGUCGGAGAUCCGGUGCAAGCCAGCUUGGUCGUGCUCCUGGAAGAAUCUUACGCGAUGGUGAAACGAUUGCACAAGGAGAAUCUGGAUCAAAAGAAGGAGAUAGCGUCGCUGAGAGCGGCUUCCGCGAACAACGCCGGUUCCAGCAGAGGCGGACGCUCUCGCGACGGUAACAACGGCCAUCACAGCCGUGGUUCGCCCACGAGCACGACGCAGGAACAGAGCUCGCGUAAAUUUCCGCCCUUACCGAUACCCAGCUACUGGCAUCGCAGAUCACCGAGAUACAGCACAAAUCGGCACGAGAAACAGGAUCACCAGACGGAAGCAGAGUCGACCGUUUUACCGCAGCUUCAGAACGGCAGCGUUAAAUCAGCCCCGGAGGCAGCUAGUUUCGAGUCGACGUCUUACCGAUCGCGCGAGUACCGUAACUACGGUCGUGACGGCAAUCGCAAAUACAGAGGCCAGGCGUCACGAAGAGACAGCAAUCACUAUUACCACUCGCGCGAUUUCAAAGACAGAAACGCUAAGGAUCAUCCGAGAGACGCGGAGGACACGGGCGAGAGCUCCAAGGGCACGGACAACCAUCAUCACAGGCAGUAAAUCACGAAGUCGCGCGUUAGCCCCGGAUCCCACGAAUCCGGCGAGAGAGAGCUUUUAGUUCUUCGUGUUUGGAACGCAUUGGAGGAGUUUCGACGUCAGCUAUAAGAAUUAUCGAUAACGAGUGAUCAAUGUUUUCUUGUACACAUUCUGGUGCUGAUUAAUCACGUCAGUUUUGCGCAUAUAUAGCUUGUAAUAGGAUAGCGACGACGAACGAGCAUAUAAGCUGUACGACUCUCGAUGGAACAAUUUAGUCCGUAUACCAGUUUCACCCGUUAUAGGCUACCGUAAAGGAAUCGUAGAAGUUUGCGCUUUGUAGAUCGAUGAUAAUCAGCAGAAUGUUUUAGCGAAUGACUUCGAUAGAGACGAGAAGACUUCUUCCCUUUCCUUCUUACAGAAGAGAGAAGACACGACCAAGAGCUCGCUAAGUGCUGGCUUUCCGGCUGACGCUUCUACCGAACGGACUUGAGCUUAAUACGCGUGCUAUUGUCCCCCGAUGUGCUGCCGAGAUGCAUGUGUGUACGUAUAUUAAACCUUCAACUCAACGACGAGACGUUAAAGAGCUGCUUCUAAGAGAGUUGACUCUAGUCAUUUUCAUUAUCGCAUUGUCGGAAUAGCAGGUCGUUGAACGAUUUUGCUCCAUUAUUGAUAUUAUAUACAUGUAGAUAAUGCAGAAUUGUAUGUAUAUAUUUUCUUAUAUUUUUUUAUUGAUUUUAUGCAACAUAUUUAGUCUGUAUUAUGUAAUAAUGUAUAUUCUGUUGCGCAUACUAUCUAUGUACACGGUCCAAUACUUCCAAAUACUUCCAAAGCAGAAACGCGUUACUUGACUUUAUUUCGAUCUUCCGGUGACAUUACGAAGCAUCUUAUGAAAUAUACGUGCAAGUAUUGUCUUUAUUCUCAAAGUUGAUUUUACCUUAGCCUUCUUUGCUUUCCGCUGAAAGCCAUUCAGAGAUAUCGUAAACUUGUCUCUAUUAAACAAGCUAUUUGUAACAACUUUGGCGUAUAAUUAUAUAUUUAUCAUUCGUGGAACUAAUCUCGAAAAUAGAAAACUCUCUACGUGGCAUUAUCAAACUUCUCCAGUUUAAGGAUUCGCAGAUACUCGACGGAAUAACGUGGAAAAAUUUGUCACACUAUUAAUCAGAUUAUUAUAAUACAGGUAUACUUUAUAAUUAUAUAAAAUCUUGUACGCUUGUGUGAAUGGACGAAUCAUUAAAAUAAUAUACCAUUAAAACUGUUA